AUGAGGUUCGGACGUCGCAACAACGCAGUAGCAGAGCAUGGAAACGACUACGGCGCUCCUACCCCUCGCGCAAACAAACUGCUCCGUCCCCUCCUCGCAGCAAACCACGUCUUGCACAUUAUCUCUUCCAUCAUCGUCCUCGGCAUUUCUGCCUACUUCAUCAACGAGUACACCCACAACACGCACCUCCGCUACUGGGUCGCCCUUGCUGCCAUUGACACUUUCCUCUACAUCCCCGCGCUGGUUCUGCCAUUGAUCAAGUCGUACAAGGGCUACCUCGCCCCGCUCGCCUGGGUGGUGUCGUACCUCUGGCUCACGGCCUUCAUCUUCGCGGCGCAGGAUUACGAGUACAACGGCGGCUGUGCUGUGAACUCGCCUCGCUUCGUGAACAAGUGCAGUCUGAAGCGGACACUGGAGGCGUUUGCGUUUAUCGCUUUCUUUACAAGCCUUGUUGGUACGCUGCUCGAGGCGAGGCUCUGGGAUGUACAGCGCUUCAGGGGCUCUGAUGCCGUGGGUGUCGAGAAGGAGCAUGGUGUUGGUCCUGUGCCCGCUACUGUACCGGAAGAGGCUGUCUAA